AACGUAUGGUUAUGUUACCGGGCUCAAGUGGGUGUGUUUAUAAAUAUUUGUGAAUUGAUCGAAAAUUAAGGAAUUGUUAAUCUUCUGUCAACAAACGAUCUGUUAUCUAAAAAGUACAAGCUUUUCUACAGUUUCGCUAAUGGAUAUACUUGGUUCCAUUCUCGGAUCAAUGGACAAACCGCCAUCCAGAGACAAGAGAGAAAAGGAAAUGAUUGAAAAGCAAAAAAAGGAGCUAGAAAUGCUGCGCAACAAGGAAAGGGAUGAACUGAAUAGGUUUCGAAAAUUUGCUGAAGAUCGUCUAGGGCGACUAAUAAAAGAUUCCAAUCGUCAUUACAUGGAAUUUCAACCAUUGGACAAAGUCCAUCGAUCAGUGGUCCACGACAUUGCGGAAAUCGGAGGUUUAGUGGCAAUAAGCUUUGGGAUUGAGGGUGUAGACAGAUAUAUAGUAGUUUACAAGAAGGAGCACAUGCCAUCAGAAGAUGAAUUGGCAGCUCGCAGAAAUGGCGAUCCAUGGAAUAAGCAAACAGCAACGGAAUAUGCCGAGAAACGUAAGCAACAGAAACUAGCGGAUGAUGAACAAAAGGGGCUCUCUCAGCAAAAAGAAACUACGAUUGUGCCGACCAGUAACUAUAAAGACAAGUAUGUUCAUCUUAUUGGUCAGGAGUCGGCCCUUGAAGCAGCUAAGAAAACAGAAUCGAAUAAGUCUUACGGAUACGUUCCUAGUGAAAACAAGCGUGACAUUCGUUCUAUCGAACAAACUAUGGCCGACAUCCAGGCAAAAAAGAAGCUCAAAGUUCAACAUACUAGCAGCAGUUGUGACUUUGUUCAAAUCGACACGCCUGAAUAAACUACGGGCUCAAAGAAUAACUUAUAAAAUAAUCAUCGUAGGUGCUGUAGAAUAUUUUUAAAUUUGCCAACGGGUAAUAACAUCUCUGGCAUCAAUCUAUUUUACUGUAAGUAUUGGUACUGCAUAGGUUUAGACCAAAUAAAAAUGGAUUCACAGGAAUAAUUUGAUCAAAGUGAAUUCUUCGUUUAAUUACCAAAUCAUAUAGCUUUGGAAACCACUCCUAAUUUACUUUCUGUUUUGUCAAUUACUCGACCAUUGCCAUAUUAUUAUUUCUUCAAUAAAUUAGAGAAAAAUAUGCGUAUAUAUCUAUCUGUACUGAAAAUUGUAGUUUUCGGAAUAUCACUGUUACAGUAGUAGUAAUAAAAAAAGAAAGUAAAUAUGGAUAACUUGCCGUUGUUACUCAAAUUGACUGCAAAAUGUCCCACAAUGGCUUUUAAAUCCUCUUGAUAUCAAAAAUGGGACAGAAUCAUUCAAAAUGCGUUCGUUCGAUAAACUUUUCCCAAUACAAUCAAAUUUAGCUGUCACAGCUUGAAAUCAACCUGUGCUACCAGGAAAAAAGACAUGCAUGGCAUUGAAAAAAAGUGUAGCAACAUAUAGUUUUAAUAAAUGAUUGAAAAGAACAGUUUAUUUUGUAUUUGUGACAGUCAGGAGAAAAUGAACCGAAUAAAGCAAGAAACCCAUAGUAAAAUUUGACUUAACAUGUCCAUCAGAAUUCUAAAUUCUAAACAUCGUUUUAACUAGAGUAAAAAAGCACGGUAUGCGAAGAAAUUAUUCAAAACAAAAACACGAAGAACAUGUGAAGGGGAAAAAUACAAUAAUUCAUUAAAAUAAAAGCAUUAGUUUAAGCUAGUUUCAUGCUGUGUGAUAUGAAAUCAUUUGAUGUACGUUUCGAAGGAAUGUCAAAUGAGUAGACAUCCGAGGACGAAACCAAACAGUACGAUUUCAAAAUGAAUCAGGAUUCUGUUCCGUUGACUUUCUCUUUCUCGUUUAUAAGUUAGAAGGAAAGCUAACUCGGCUAAAAUGCUCAAUUACAUUUACCCUAAUGAAAUUAGAGAAUAAUCGAAUCAUAUUACUAUCGUUAGCGGGUUGCGGUGACCAAUCCCUCCAGAACAGAGUAGAACCCACCCACAUACCAACGGUAAAUGAACCAAUAAUGUCAGAAUGUCUGCUUCGAAAAAUUGAUUUUGAUCUGGGGUGAGUUAAACGAUCGACUAGUUGCUGUAAAAAAUUGUAUUUUUCCAGAAGAAAGCGAAUAAUAACACGAAUAAAUUAUCCAAAAGUCAUCUACCACAUGAA